AGCGAUUCCGUUGUAGGUUUUAUAUUUCAUUAUCCUAUAUAACAAACACACUAAACUCUUAAACUGCUUAUCUGUAUCCCCUCCUCUUCACUGUCACAUGCAAUACAAAAUAUUAAACUAUGGCUUUCAAUGCUUCGCCAUUGAUUAUCACAUUCUUCUUCAUUAUUUUCAAUUUCUUGAGCUCCAAAUGUUCAUCAAAUGGUAAUCCAACGGUGCCAGCAGUGUUUGUUUUUGGCGAUUCAUUGGUUGAUGUUGGUAACAACAACUAUCUUCCAUUUUCCAUAGCCAAAGCAGAUUUUCCUUUUAAUGGGAUCGAUUUUCAGUCAAAAAAGCCAACAGGAAGGUUUAGUAAUGGCAAAAAUGCUGCAGAUUUUCUUGCUGAGAAAUUGGGUUUGCCUACUUCACCACCAUAUCUGUCCUUGUUACUCAAAAAGAGCAAAGGUUCAUUUCUCAAUGGAGUAAAUUUUGCCUCGGGAGCUUCAGGAAUCCUCAGUGGCACAGGACUCUCUCUUGGAAUAGUAAUACCUUUGACAAAACAAGUGGAUUAUUACACAACAAGAGUGUAUAAAGAUUUGGUGCAAAAGCUGGGAUCUUAUGGUACCAAUAAGCUUUUAUCCAAAUCUCUAUUUGUCACUGUAACUGGUAGCAACGACCUUUUAAGUUACUCUCGUUCCUCUGGUCUCCGCAAGAAGAACACUCCACAACAGUAUGUAGAUUCCAUGACUCUCACGAUGAAAACCCAGAUUAAGAGAUUAUACGCAUAUGGAGCACGUAAAUUUUUGUUCCCAGGACUGGCAAAUGUGGGAUGUGCUCCAUCGCAAAGGCUUAAGAGCAAAGCAGAAGAAUGCAAUGAAGAAGUUAAUUCUUUGUGUGCCAAGUACAAUGAAGGUCUCAAGUUGAUGUUGCAACAGCUUAAAUCAGAGCUUCGGGAUAUUAACUAUUCCUACUUUGAUACUUACACUGUCUUGCAAAACAUUAUACAGAAACCAGCUGCUUAUGGAUUUACCGAGGUUAAAGCAGCUUGUUGUGGGCUUGGAAAGCUGAAUGCUGAAAUUCCCUGCAUUCCAGUUUCAACCUAUUGCUCUGACAGAAGCAAUCAUGUCUUCUGGGAUAUGGUUCAUCCAACAGAGGCAACUGAUCGUGUUCUCGUGAACACCAUCUUCGACAAUCAAUCGCAGUAUAUAUAUCCCUUGAAUAUGAGGCAGCUAAUUGCAGCUUAACCAACAUGAUUGUCAUAUAUGUUCGUGUUGGCGUCUUUUUACUUACUCGAAAAUAUUUGUCUUUCGGGGUAUCAAAGUAAGCAGAACUGCGUCUAUCAUAUCAUAGUAGUUACGCCUUACAAGUUUCAAGAACAGAUGGGCAUCGCAUUUAAGAAAACUGUUCAUUUCAAUGGGUAGUUUUCUAUCAACUAUUUCAUACUAGAAAAACUUAGCACAAAAAGUAAGCAAGUGAAAAAUUUUAGGCUGCAAAGAAAAUACCAACUGUUUAGUAGUUCGCUUCCUAUCAUUUUAGCUCUUGUUUUUUCUUUUUCUAUACAUGUAAUGUACCUAGAGUUACUGAGAGGCAAUACCUAGAAAGUGAUGCUACCGGAAUAAAAUGAUACCCUAUUAAUGCUUUUUCAAAAGUA